AAUUGAGGAGAUCAACUUACUCUCAAAUCUCAACAGAAAAAAUUCAAAAGAAAAAAGAAAAUAGAGAAUUAAUUAAAUUCAUCCAUGGCUGAUAUACGCGACGAGCACGGGAACCCGAUCCAGCUGACCGACCAAUACGGCAAACCGGUUCAGCUGACCGAUGAGUUCGGCAACCCGAUGCACCUCACCGGCGUCGCUACCACUCACCAGACCGCCGCUGGUGGGGCGGCGGCGGAGGCGGUCCACGCGCCACCACCGCCUCAGCAGCCGCAGGAGCAGGUCCGGCGAUCUGGAAGCUCCAGCUCUAGCUCGUCCUCUGAGGACGACGGGCAGGGAGGGAGAAGGAAGAAGAAGGGGUUGAAGGAGAAGAUAAAGGACACUUUCGGCGGUGGGGCCCGCAAGGACAAGGAAGAGACCCCGCACGGCGCUACCACCACGCCGCCGCCGUCGUCCGCCGUGGCCGGUCCGGCGCCGGAGCACGAGAAGAAAGGGCUAAUGGAGAAGAUUAAGGAGAAGAUUCCCGGCCACCACCACGGCCACGAGGGGCAGCACUGAAGGAGAAAAUUGAAGGGCCGAUUAUAAAUAAAAUGAUGUGUGGACAAACCUUUUUUUUUUUUUUUGGUAAUUUUAUUGUGUCGUUUUGUGUAUAAUGUGCUAUGUAUAUUGUGUGUUGCAAUGAUUGUGAACGUGAAGAAUGAAGAUGUCGUGUUUUCAAUUUUUCUUUGAACAUAUUUCAAUUCCCUCGUUUAAAACUAAGUAAGAAAUAGUGGGACAGUGGGAUGGCUUGUGUUAGUCCUUGGUGAUCAAGGCUUUGGUAUAGUAUUCAAA